AUGGCCAACCAGACUGCCUCAUACGUGCUCGUGGCUCUGUGCCUGCUUGUGCUCGCGGCGAAGGGCGCGGAGGCGAGGCAGCCGCGGCUUGUCCCCGCGAUGUACGUGUUCGGUGACUCGACGGUCGACGUCGGAAACAACAACUUCCUGAGGAGCAGCAGCGUGGCCAGAGCCAACUUCCCGCAUUACGGCGUGGACUUCCCCAGCUCGGCGCCGACCGGUCGGUUCAGCAAUGGCUUCAACACGGCAGACUUGCUAGCUCAGCUACUUGGCUUCCAAAUGAGCCCGCCGGCUUUCCUCUCUCUGAGAGGGAGUACCAUGAGAUCUCGGAUGUACAAGGGCAUCAACUUUGCGUCAGCAGGCUCCGGGCUUGCAGAUAAUACGGGCCACUUACUGUUCGGCGAGGUGAUCCCAAUGUCCCUGCAGCUGGAUUAUUUCGCGGCGGUUGUGGAGCACAUGACCAGGGUGUCCGGUUCGAGGAAGACUGCCAGUCUCCUCUCCAGGUCCAUCUUUUUCAUCAGCACCGGCAGCAAUGACAUGAUCGAGUACUCCGUAUCCCGUGGCAACGACACAGAGUUCUUGCGUGGCCUCGUUGCUACCUACAAGCGUUACGUCACGGCCUUGUAUACAAUGGGCGCGAGGAAGUUCAGCGUCAUCAGCAUCCCGCCGCUGGGCUGCCUGCCGUCGCAGAGGCUGCGCCGGCUGAAGCAGAUGGGCACCCAGGGCUGCUACGACCCGCUGAACGACCUCUCGCUGCGCUCCUACCCGAUGCUCGCCGCCAUGCUGCAGCAGCUGGCCUACGAGCUGCCCGGCAUGACCUACUCCCUCGGCGACGCCUUCUCCAUGGUCUCCUUCGUCUUCGCCAACCCGCGGACCAACGCCUGGAGCUUCACGGUGCUGGAGGCGGCGUGCUGCGGCGGGGGGCCGUUCGGGGCGGCGUACGCGUGCAACCAGACGGCGCCGCUGUGCCUCGACCGCGAGGACCACCUGUUCUGGGACGCAAACCACCCGACGCAGGCCGUGUCAGGCAUCGCGGCGCAGACGCUCUUCGCCGGCAACCGGACCUUCGUCAACCCUAUCAACGUCAGGCAGCUGGCCCUGCUGUGA